AUGGGUGAAGUUCAGGACGUCAGGGAUGCGAAGAAGACCUUCGUUGCUCCUACAAUCAAGUCUUUUGAGCACUAUGACUUCUCAAGAGCAAAGAUCUGUUGUAGCCUCACAUGGUUGGUGGCCAAAGCAUACGGGACAGGUAAGAGCUGCUUUACUGUACCUGCACCUGAACGCUGCAUGAAUGUCUAAUGUUUUCCAAAUGUAACUGUAGAUCAUUAUUUUCAGCCUAGAUGUGAAAGGAAUUCAUGUUUGAUAGAUUUUAUAUGUCUGUGACGCCAAAACAGCCGUGAAAUCCAAUACUAAACCUGUACUAUAGAGACAUUGCAGGGUCUAAUAAUCCACCAUGGACUCAUCAUUGAUUACCUGAGGCAGUAUUGUCUAACAGAAAUCCCAUAGGCGAGAUAUACCACAGUGAUUUUCCAUACAAGUCAAACCUUUUUGGUGCAGACAAUAAACAUCACUCCAAGAGGCCAGAUAAAACCUGUCUCCCCAGUGGUCAAAACAGACUAUGUUGUCCCACUAAAUGAAAAGAGAACAUCUUAAGCCUCUAAAUGGGUUUUGGAUGAUGUUGCAUUCAGGUUACAGCAUCCAAAAGUAGAAAAAAUGAGACUUCUUCAUUUAUAUUCAACAGAUUUUGCAAUACACAGAGACUGUAUUUGCCAGAAGUGAGGAAGGGGCAGAACAAAAGGUUUAAAACCCACGAGUAGAUACUUAUAGAUGUGAUGCUUCCCUUGAUUUGCCCCUUUCUUUCUUGUUUGUCCUGCUCCUCAAAUCUCUUUCUAGGUUCAUAGUAUUGUGGAUGAAUCUAAGGUGUAUCACAUUCAAUGGUUUUGCAGUUUGAAAGGAGUCAGAAUUGCCUUCACCAAACAAUGACUACACUGUUCAGUAAUUUCUUUGACUGAAUCAAGAUCUCUCUAUUACUGCAGUACAUGUGUGGACACAGCCUGGCUCUUCACCUUUGAAUACCACUUACAUUUUUAAUGUGAAAGCCAAAACAUGAUGGCAUUUGAGUCUGAGUGUCAGGCUAAAUUGACAAUACAAGGACCGAUAUUAGGGGUGUACAUGACGGCCUAGAGGCUCAGUCAUGUCAGGUAUUUUCUAUUGAUGUAUAAAUUAUCGUCACCCUCUGUUGUCCAUCACUUGGAAUUACAACAACACUGGUUUACAAUGACAGUAACUAAUCUAUUUCAGCAACCAACCUCAUAUCAUUAUAACCAUGUGACUUGCUGGUAAAUUACUGACGCCCUAUUUGAGUCACAUUUGCUGUCAUCAUAGUGGAGAUGUGCUAAACUGUGUCUUUUGACACAUGUUAACAGCUUCAUUUUUCACCCUUAAGCAUUUUUUAAAAAAGGCUCAAGUUGGAACUGGUGCAGACAGUUCUUGUACAGUACAGCUUUUAAAUACAUGCUUAUGGUAUUCCUGCUAUGACAAGUGACAGAGUAAGGACCAAUCAGGUGAAUUUACUGCACAGAAACACAUACCAAGAUCUCUGUAUCUGAUUUAUGGCUGAGAGCUUGCUCUAUUUGCUGACACUGACCUGAUAAUAAUUUUGCUCUGAAGCUGAGUUUUUAGAAAAUCUUAGCUCAGGAGUAGCUGAGGGAGAGCACUUUGAAAAGCGCCUGUAAUAAAGAGAGCAAAAUGAUAAUGCAUGAGUGAGCAUUAGCCAUAUUUCAUCCCUACAUGGGGUUUUGACAGCUUAUGUGAGAUCUGCAAAAAUAUUCUGUAUGAAUCAUUUGGUUUUUAUAAACAUUUCGCCAUACAAGAAUCAUUUAAAGACACGUUUUCCUCAGGUAGAGAAGUUUCAGAGGGUCCUGCUCCUGUGGAAAACCCCCUGCACAUGCUAAAUUCUGAUUAAUGGAGAUAUUUUUGUCUAAUGUACAACAUAAACUAGACCCAAGACAGUCUGUUUGUCCAUUAUUACCUGUUUGUUCUUUUGUUAUCAUUGUUUUGUUGUGUCUUUGUGUGAUUAAUACAACAUUAUCUGCUUGGUUCCCCAUAGACAUAAACACAUCAACUCUGUGAGUCUGAAAAGUGCAGAAAAAAGGCUUUCUUUUUCUGCUGAAGCCACAGAUUAUACCUUGCAGUGUGUUGUAAUAGCCCAAUAAACAUGAGAUUCCUUGCAGAUCCACUGUGUAUUUUGAAUCAGGCCUGAAAGAAAUGGGCUGAUUCCAAAAAUACAGCCCUCCAGAGAGAGAGAGAGAGCGAGAGAGAGAGAGCAGGCUCAUCUCCAGGUCUCUGCCUACGCUGCUCUGUAUACUCUCCAUGCAUCUGCCUCAUUACACCAAUGCAGCAGUGUAUGAAGAAUAUGAAGUCUGGUAGAUGCAACCUGUACAACGCAUCAUCUGCUGUUAGAAGGUUUGCUCAAAUACUGUCAGACAGAACCAGCUGAAACCAAUAUUUCAUGCACAGCACAACUCCGAUUCAUAAGCAGAGCUGUUCUGUCUCAGCGCUUAAUUAAAUGUUGCAGUGGCAGUUGAUAGAUUUGAUCCCCUGCUGUUUUGUAGUGCAUUUCAGGUCAAACUGCAACAUAUUGAAUUGUUUAGUCCAACAUGAAUCUGGUAAAAUGAUUGCACAUCUUGUAUCUGUCUGCAGUGAUGACAGUGAGUUGAUAACUAGCAAUGCUAUAACAGUUAUUUACAGGUGUUUUAGCUUGUUAGUGGGAUUGUUUUAUAAAUGCAUCUAUAAACCUUCAUCACAAUGCUUAUGUGAUUAUAAGCAUGGCAGCUUAAAUGUUUAUGGUGUGUUAUAAACAGUGAGCAUAAUGCCUGAUACAGUUAUUAUACUUAAAUGCAAAACUAACAUCAAAGUCUUUUGCAUUCUGGAUUUCUUAACACAUUAGAACACUCACUUAACUUUGGGUUUAGGUAGAGUGAUAGCAUUGUUCAUGUUAUUUACAUUUGUAUGUUUGUUUAACUCCUUAAUAAGAAUGUAUUAGCAGUAUUUUGUGGCUGUAAGUGAGUGUCAUGCAAAAAAAGGUAUACUGUAAAACCAUACCUCUGCAUAAGCUGUAAUGAAUGCCCAUUAACACUCAUGAGAUUUGUGGUAACACUUUAAUUGAUGCCUAUCUCUAUAACGAAUUAUAGAUAUUUGUAUAAUGCGUUAUAAUCACAUAAUAGGACUGUAUAACUAUAGUUAUAAACGCUCAUAAAUGAUCAUAAUGUUUUAUAGCAACAAUCAUAACAGAUUAUAAAUCAUUUUAUCAUGACUUACGAGGUCAGGUAUUAUAAUGUGUUAUAACUGUUAACAACUCACUGACAAUGCCCACAUAGAUAAUGCAUUAUGUUAUUAUCAUAAGGCUUCAUAACAAUAAGCAUAACACAUUAUAAUACCUUACCUUGUAAGUCAUGAUAAACUGCUUUAUAAUGUCUUGUGAUUGUUGCUAUAAAGCAUUAUGAUCAUCUAUGAGUGUUUAUUACUAUAGUUAUAAUGUGCUAUAACGUGAUUAUAUUGCAGUAUACAUAUUUAUAAUGUUAUAGAGAUAGGCGUCAAGUAAAGUGUUACCAGGUUUGUUAUAAAGCCUUAUAGAUGGGCUUAAUUAAUGUGCUAAUAAUGCAUUGUUUGGUGUGUUGUUACAUUUUUUUAGCAAAAUGCUGACACAUUGCCAGCUCCAGGAUCUUUCCCUGAAGCUUAGCCUGACCUCUGACCUCCCUGUGGAGGAAAACAGAGGGGGAGGUCUGGGGAAAAGAUAAAUGUCUUUGUUGGGAUCAAUAACCUGAGCAUUCAGGAAAUGCAUUUAAUGUAGAUACCUGCUACUGCCUCAGUCUGCAUCCCUGUCCCAUAGUACUGAGUCACUCAGUCGAUGACCUUGUGAUAAUGGUCCAGCUAAGCAGGUGAUUUAUUGACCGUCAUUGCGUGUGUGUGUGUGGGUUUGGGUGAGUUGGAGGAUGGGCAGUCCAAAGCGGUCACAACACGUGCCACGUUUUCCUCUGCAUAUAUCAAGCAGCUAUCAAAUUUUACACCUUUUCUCCUGCAGCUGACACAGUGAUAGGCUCUGCAUCUGGAGAGUGAGCAGAUGUUUUUGUGCUUCAACACAGCAGCUUCAUCUCAAUGUCUUGUUCAGAUUCAGAAAACCCAAAAUAGCCAAAACAUGGGGGAGGACGAAAGUAGACAAAAGCAUAGAGAAAAUGGAGAGUUUUCGUAUAAUUUGAAGACUAUCCCCUUUGCUUGGACUAGCUAGAGGCACACACACACACACACACACACACACACACACACACACACACGUUCAGGCUCUCUCUUUGAUGAGGCAGACAGUGAGAGGGGUGUUCCUAGGGAGCUGAAGCUGCAGAGAUACAGGAUAGAUGAAUCGAUCCGGUUUCACUCCUUCCGCAGUUGCUAUAGCAACACUGAGGUCUAUCCACUCAUACGCCAUCAAGAUAUUGUCGAAGCGUCACAAUAAAUUUAAAAAAAUGAUAAACAACAUGGUAGAGAAUCAGUGCACGGCUAGUAAUGUUUGCAAAUAUAACUAAGUAAUGAAGAUUACGAAUACGCUGCCAUUACAAUAUACAAAAAAAACUCAGUUCAGUUUGAACAGUUUUAACAGCGUAUGACCUGUUAUCUUUUUGCACCUUUGAAUAUUUCUUUCACUCUAUUAUUGUUUUGCUGAUUUGGACUAUAAGGAGUCAUUUUAAGUGCUGCGUUAUACCGAAUCAUCAGACUCCCUUUUUCUGUUUUACCACAAUACAGACAGCAUCCCAUCAGACUUAAAGGAGCCCUUCUACACAGACCAGUAUGAACAGGAGCACCUAAAGCCUCCUGUGGCCAGCCUCCUUCUGUCUGCAGACCUCUACUGCAGAGCCGGCAGCCUCAUCCUGAAGAGCGACGCUGCCAAACCCCUGCUGGGCCACGAUGCCGUCAUUCAGGCACUCGCUCAACGUGGACUCUAUGUCACUGACCAGGAGCGACUGGUCACCGAGAGAGACCUGCGAAAGAGGCCAAUUCAGAUGGUAAGAGAGGCUUAUUAAUACUAUGUAUCAUGUCUGUGAACUUACAUCACAGCUUUCCUUUCCUCAGGCUCUGAGGUAGAUUUUUUGUUAAUAUCCUCGUUCCUCAUUCCACCCGUCCAUCAAGUGCCUUUUUGAACUUGAGUAAAUCAGGAAAGAGCACAUUCUUGAGAGGCAAAGUACAAGAACAUUAAGCACUACCCCUAUUUGAAUGCUUAUCUUGCAUGAACCUGUGCACAAAUUGUUCCUGUAUGUACAACAAUCCUGUGUUUCUGCACAAAGAAUCUAUGGUGAACACUCACAGGUUUCCCAUGGAAGUCGUUCAGUUUUUUUGCUGUUUUGUUGGUUUUCUUAUUUGUUAUUGUUUUCAUAAAGAAUAUGAUAAAUGUAUGUAGAAAAUAAAUCAAUGAUAUGUAAUAACUUGACCUUCAGACUUACCUCUGAUAGUAAUCAGUGCAGUUACAAGUGGCUUACCACUGGGAAUGCUGGAACUAAUUUUCCUUCAAUUUUAAUUUGGCAGACUGUGAAAAAAGAGGUCGCUUAAGAAGUGUGGGAAUUUCAUUGUCUCGUGAUGGUUGUAAUAAUUUCUGAUAAAAACAUAUUUCACAACCCACGUUUGAUCAAUAAGGUUUCACAAAACCACCACUACCCAUUAAAUGCACAUCAAGCCAAUGCACAAAGCAAUAACUGCUAAACUGUUGAAAUGUGCAAAAGAGCCGAGAGGGUGUUAUUUCUCACAACCUCCAUCCUGAGUUUUAAUACAGUCUGGGGAUCCAAAGCAACAAGAAACAGCAGUACAAGCUGACUGUGACCUCGAGGCAUCCUCCGCCCGGUGUGUUUCUGUCAUCUCUCUGUCUGCCUCCAUCGCUUGUUUCCGUCCCCGUCGGAGCUCAGCGUUGAGAUGACUUUGUGAGUGAGAAUGAGAGAUCCUCAUUAUUUGUCGGGCAAACUCUCAAUAGGAGGCUUUAUUGCUUCAGUGAAUUGCAAUUGAGACACGAUUAGCUCACAGUUUGCCUGCAGUCUGUUUGUAGAGUCUUGCUGUUUUUUAAUUUCCCUCCAAUGCUAAUUCAAUAGUUAUUUAAGCUUUGUUGGGGUUUACAUUUCUGUAAAGACAACUAGUAAUUAUUACAACUUUAAAUCACAAAUUAUGACUGAGGACAUGAGUGCAGUUAAAUGUGUGUAGAUUUACUUUGUUUAUGUUUGGCAUGUUUUCAGGAUCAGUGAUUUUUCUCUGGUUGAGGGUUUUACUAAUGGUUGGCCAGGAAACCUCAGAGUGUGUUUUGGUGUGUGUAUGACUGAGCAGGUUGUUGGUAAUGUGAAAAUGAGCUGUAAGACGACAAGUGCGAAAACACCUUCUGCCAAGGUACAGUCCCUCUUCCCCCCCUUUCAUCUAUUUUCUGUGUCUAAUCCUUUAAUCCUGCACACGUAUUUCACUCCUUCCACCUUUGCUACACCUUAAAACCAUUCUCUCUUUGUUUCCUCUUUCAUCCAUCUGUUCUUCCUCCCACCUUGGUUCUCUAACCUUAGUAAAUCCCCCAGUACAUCCUUCUUCCACCUAACCUUUUUUGUCACAUUGAAUUGACUUUAUUCCUAUAUCUACCUUCCAUUUUUUCGCUCCCUUUUCUUCUUGUUCUUUUGUUUAAGUUCUGUUUUGCCUCUCUUCUUUACUUUUGCUUGCUCAGUCAAUUUCCAUUCCCAUCUCCCUAAUCAACCUUUCCUUUUCCUUCUUUACUCCCCGCACUACUAUUAGCUCUCAAUGCCAGAGCGUGAACAAAACUACUCUUCACAUUUUGCAGGUCAUUAAUUAAUUCCUAGGACUUAAAAUGCAGCGCACUGAUUGAAACUUCUCCUUCAUUUGAUUUUAAAAUAAGAUCUGCAAUCGUUUCCUCACGGGGUGAAAGAUGUGUUUGCUCCAAGCAGCUAUACUUGGUGAUGUUUCCUCUAAGGACAUGCACAGUAGAUAGAGUUCAUAUGAAGAACCCGCUGUACUGUGGAAUGACAGCUCAGAUGGGGGAUCAUCUAUUAUUCAGACUCUGCUCCCACAUCUAACGAAGCGAUGACAAGUUGACCAGAAGAUGUCCAGACUGAGCCUUGAAAGACGAGGAGAAUCGCCAUUUUUGAAAGUUUGUUUUAUGCUUUGAUAAAGUGUCCUCACUGGGUUUCCUCCUCAAGCAGACUAGAGAAGAGGAAGAAGCUGAGCAUCCAGAUGCAGUAAUAUCCAAAUGCUGCUUUGCUUAAAAGCCCCAGCACUGCUAAUAAAUGCUGUUUCAUGGCAUUUUGUGCUAAGCUUUUUUAUUUUAGUCAGCAGUUUGCAUGAGAAAUUCAGAAUAAGCAACUUAAAGGAGAUGUUCAGGGGAGUUUUAGUAGGUCAGUGAGCGGCAGAGUUUGAUGCUGCCGAUGUUGAGUCUGACAGAUGCCAUAACUGAGCACUUUUACUGACAUUUUCCUUUCGCUGCCAAACCCACUUUUUUUCUUCUUCUGUCACCGUUCUGCCCACUCAUCCCUCUGUCUUCUGCCAUGUGAUGGAUUCCCACAUGUGAGGAUCUGAAUUGCCGUCAUCGCCCACACGGUCGCCUACAUGCAUUCUGCAUCAUCGACAAUCUCCUCCACCUGUAGUGCUCAGAGAGAGAGAGAGAGAGAGAGAGAGAGAGAGAGAUGUGGAGGAGGGCUGAGAAUAUGAUUCUAGCAUUACUGAUUACAGCUCUCUUGAAGCACAGCUGUUGGCAUGACAAUAGCCAAAAUUCAUUAUCAAGAGGUUUAAUUGCUGUAGUUUCUCUGUUGUGUUCUUUUUAAAGUGCUUUUUUUAUGUGAGAAGAAGAAACAUGCAGGGAAAAUGAAAUUUGAGAUAAAAUGUCCCCUAAAAUGAUAAAACCAUGAUAAAAAUAUAAUAAAUGUGAUAAAACAUUAAAAGUUCAUUAAAUAACAGUCUUAAAAUCAAACAUUAAAAGAAAGUAAGUAAAAAAAAAAGAGGUAAUAAAACACAGAAUAAUAACUCUAGGACUGAAAUAGCGUGAAAUCACAAAAUGCAGAUGAAAAGAUUAAAACAGAAUUCAACUAAAAGCCAGAUACUAAAAAGGUCGGUCUUGAGUUUACUUUCAAAAAUAUGAACAUUAGGUGUCGCUGUCAGGUCUGCAGGUAGACUGUUCCACAGAUGGGGACCAUAAUGUUGAAAUGAUGAAACAAGUGAGAUGUGAAUUGCAUCAAGAUGCAAAAGAGCGAAAGAAUCCAUGUGAUAAAUGAAUAUAGAUAGAUUGUUUGUGUCUCUGUCCACACGUGUGCAUACGCUCAAGUGUUCUGUGUAUGUUCUGGUAUCUCAAAGCCUGAUAAAUGAAUAUAAAUAGAUUGUUUGUGUCUCUGUCCACACCUGUGCAUACGCUCAAGUGUUCUGCAUGUAUGUUCAGUCCAGUGAAUCCAUAAAGAAAACAGAAUAUGGGCCCACAUUAGAACAUCAUUGAAAAGAUGAGUUCCUAACAUUCACUGAAAUCAUAUGAAAAAUUUAAAUCACUCCUGUUUACUUAUCACAGCAUAUUAGCAAUUCAAUUAAAAGUCUCCAAUAUUAUUACUGAGGCAGCUAUUCUGAAGUUUGUAAUCCAGCAAACUGAAGCUGUGUAGGAUUUCUCAGUGAAAAAAGGUGAAUGUCAACCAAAGCAUAAUAACUUUAAGAUCCUCAAACAUGUGAAUGGAGAAAUUCCACUCUCCUUGUCAUUGUGUUGAGCUCCUCCAAGCUGCUGAACCUUGGAUGUCACAGCUAUUACUAUUUAACAAAGCUGUGGUAAAUAGGUCACGUUGCUGCCAAGAGUUAUUAAUGUGCUGUUUAAGUCAGACUCUAAUGUGGCUGUGUGCUGUGACUAUCGGGUCACCUGAUAUGGUGUCUGAGUCGCAUUAUUGGCUAUGCAGGAUCUGCUAAUUAGAGCAGCUUCCAGACUACAGAGUCCUAGACUCAAUGGAAAAUGUACUUAUAAAUGUUUUGUACAUUUCAUACGAGACUCACCUUUCAGUUCUCAGACUGCUCUAGAGAGAAGAUGAUUUCAGAUGCAUUGUUUAGUUUGUAUGGGAAAAGGAAAAUCCUCUCGGAUGCUCAUGACUGGUCACAUUUGAUUAACUCUAGUUUAAGGUAAAGAAGAUUUUCAAUGUAUAAAGAAAAGAAAAGCUCUUGAAUUUCUUGUGUAGAUGUUCCUGAUGAGUGUUGAAUAAGUGAAAUCGUGACUAAAAUUCAGGGCAUGUUCAGUCUGUUAUUAUUCUGAUAUAAUUAUAAGAUGAUUGUCAGAUCUCUAUGCAACAAAUUGAUUCAUCAACUCGUUCACCGCGGAUGAAUCAACGUGAAUGCACUUCCUCCUGUUUAUGUCCCUCUCCUCUGCUCCUUCCAUCACAUCCCCUGUCGGGCAGGCGCUCGGUUUCCAUGGUUACCCUCCAGCAGGCAGGGUGUGUGUCAGUGUGUGUGUAGGUGGGGAGUGGGGGGUGCAUAUUCCUGCAUAUGGCGUAUGCACAGUGUGUGCUUGUGUGUGCAGCCGUGUACUAUGAGAGCUCCGCCACAUUUGUGAGGCAGAGAAAACUGCACGCUAGAUCUGAGCAAGCAGACGACAUUUCUACAGCACUGUAGCUCACAGAAGGAUGCACACACACACAGAGACACAUACAGACACACACAUAAGGUGAAGUAUAGAAAGCUAACCUGAGCACCAGACACAAAAAAUCUUCACAUCAAACUAGCUUCCUCUGUGCUUGAUCUUACGAACAAAGAGGAGCUGAAGCAGCAGGGUGGAAGGGAAGCCCAUCCAAGUACUUUCUGUGCUCGUGGGCCCCAGUGAAGUCACAGCCAGUGUGUUGAGCUCAAUGCCAGAGGCUACUCCCAGGCAGCACAGUAUGGAUGGGUGGGCAGUGAGCACACUGUGUGAUGACAUGUGAUGUCCUGAGUCCAGAGCGUCUUUUUCGUUCUGGCUGGAUUUAGAUUCUGUUUUAGACCGAUAUGUACUGUAUUAACAUUCUGCUCUGUUGCGGUCUUUACCUUCACAACAGCAGACAUCAGGUGCGGCCUGUGUAUUGCUCUGACACUCACAAGGUAAUGCAGUAGAAAUAAAGGUGUGUUUCAGCUUAGAUAUCCUCUUCUUGGUUAUGGCUAUGUUCUAUGGCUACUCUCACUUGAACCAAGAGGUUGCUGCUAGUCUGGUCUCUCCGUAAUAUCAGUAAUUUUUGUAAUUUUUGUUAGAUUUUUUUGUGCAAAUAAUAGAUAACUUUUAGAGACAUAUUAUGUGAGACAACAGAUAACUGAAUUUCCCUUUAACGUUCUACUUAUUCUUAUUCUCAUUAUUCUUUAACUACGUUUAAAAAGUCCACUCUUUUUCUCUUUUGUUUUCACAUACACUUUUUGUAAUUGACUUUUUUUUCCACACACACAAAAAAAACAUUCCUCCGCAAAAUUUAGACCAUUGUAACAUCUAAUGAAACAUCAUCUGUUCUGGUUUGGUACUACAGUAAGCUCAUUAUACUGAUGGAGAGAAACUGUGUCAUUUUCUCUUAAGAAUGUCGAGAGGGGGAUUUGAACUGGCAAAUUCUCUCUUAAUCUGCAAUUGUGGAAAAAAAUAUACUCAUUUUCUUUAUUACACAUGUAAGAACUGAACAACAGCUGCUGUAGCACUUAAUCUGUAAAUGAAUUGAUGCAGUUCCAGAUUUAGCUGUUAGCAGAGCUUUACAGAUGAAUCCAUUAACCUGAGAUUAAAUCAAACAAGCAUAUUUAUUGAUUACACUGAUGUACCAGAAUUUUUAUUGCUGCUGAUGAAUGAAGCAUCACUUCAUUUUUGAAACGCUCUGACUGGUUAAUAGGAGUUUCACACAAUACUGCAGCAACAAUAGGCUUUGUGCAUAAAUCUGCUCAUAGAGACCCACCAAAACUAACAAUACAGAAAUUAAUUUGUCCUUUCUCUCAGCAUAAGUAGAUAUUAAGUUUGAACACUGUGCAUGCAGCCAGACAGAGAGCCUCAAUCCUGAACAAUAGCUGUUAAACUCUGGAAACACUCUACAGUUAAUCUGCAGCGCUGUGUUUCUUUUUUUUUGUCAGACUCAUCUUUAGGGUGCGUGCAUGGAGAGCUGGUGCAGCAUAAAACUGAGACAAUAAAGUAAGAGAAAAGCAAGUUUAAUGGACAAAGAAGCUCUUGAAAAUUCUACCUGCAUUCUCAUUAAACUGAGCACAGGUGUAAAUUAUCAUCAUGACUGUGUAAAUUGAGUGGUACUUCCCUUUAAAUUCAUAUUUUGGUAACACUUUAUUUGACACCUAUCUCUAUAACACAUUAUAAAUAUAUUUAUAAUGUGUUGUAAUCACGUUAUAGCAAUAUAUAACUGUUUACAACUCACUGUUUAACUGUUAACAACUCACUGACAAUGCCAACAUAGAUAAUGUAAUGCAACUGUUGUUAACAGUUAUAACAACACAUUAUAAUACCUGACUUUGUAAGUCAUGAUAAAAUGCUUUAUAAUGUCUUAUGAUUAUUGCUAUAAAGCAUUAUGAUCAUUUAUGUGUGUUUAUAACUAUAGUUAUACAGUGCUAUAACGUGAUUAUAACGCAUUAUACAUAUAUUUAUAAUGCAUUACAGAGAUAGGCGUCAAGUUAAGUGUUACCCAUUUUUUUAAUCACUUGCUUCUCAUGAAACCAGCGGGCCUUUCAAACACAGCAGAGGGAUUUGAGAGAGCGCAGGCAUAUCUCCAGGCAAGUCCACCCUGGCUGGUAUCCAUGGUAUCCCCAGAUAGAGCUCUUAGGUUAGCUUUGAGGUUUCCAUAUAAUUGCUGGUUUGGGGUUUGGAGCAUAUGGAGGAGGAAGGUAUGCUGCUUAAAAAGCUCCACUCCCACAACUGAUGCCAGACCUCUCCUUUUUUUUUUUUUUGGCAUUUUGUGCAGCCAAAAGUGUACAUGGGCAUGUGUGAAAGUGUGUGUGUAAGAGAGAGAGAGAGCUUUUGUAUUUCUGCUGCAAUUUAGGCAAGCUGUUAUUGGGCUGUCUUCUCAGCAAAUAUGAAAGACUGCAGUGAAAAACAAGACAGAGGAAAGGAUUUUUAGACAAGGGGAGAAUUUGUUGGAACAGUCCAGAGAUGCAGUUAUGUGAAUGUGAUCAAAUUAAAAUGUUACCAUUUGUUCUGAUUUCUUAUGGAGGUCUCUGUUCUGCAUUUCAUUCUCUCAUUAAUUUCCUUCUUUUGUAAUUUUCAAAUAAACACAAUGUUGGCUCUUAUAUAGCAUGCUCUACAUUUACUAAAAUAAAUUCAUCAGCCAACUAGUUGAGGAUGUAAGCGUUCAAAUCUCUGCAAUUAAACUUUUUUUUUUACUCUAAAGCAAAGACCAUAUUUGUACAGAAACGAUUAGAGGAGCCUUGACUUUUUUUCAGCUCUACUGUACUUGUGCUGACCUUGAACAGAAACCAUCAUGGAGCACAGCUAAGAGGUUUUCCAUGUCCAGCUGAGUUGGCGCAAACUUACCUGCAGCUUCACACAUUCAUUUUUAGACAUCAUACCGCAGCAUGGAGCCUCUGAGGCUGGACAGGAGAGUCUCAAAACUAAAAACAGGCUGCAUUUCAACAUUACAUCACCCCCUGUUUAUUUUGAAUUUCUUUAUGCGUGGAAGCCUUUUGUCCUGAGGAGGUCCAGGAGACUGCAGUAUAAGAAGUUUGAAUUUGUUUGGUAAAGUCAUUUUCUCCCUCUGUUCUUCCCUUAUGUAAUUCUUUUUUUGAAAAAUGAUGAAGGACGCAGAAAGAAAUAAGUGAAAACAGGCAGAAACUGAUCAGUAAUCAUGAGCCACUGAAGGCACUCCAGUCUUUUACUGUAAGCUCUGUGUAAGACAUUACCGGCUUGAUCAAUCUAGAACAAAAUAUGUUGUUGUUUUAGAUGGAAGAUUGUAGACUUGGUUUGAACCACAACAUGCCGCUCACAGUAAAGACUAAGGUUCAUGGAAAACAGAAAGAAUGAAUAGUUGAAAUACACCGCACCUUAUAUUUCAUAAAUUGGUGGUAUUUGUUUUUGUUAUUUGGUGUGAUUUUAUAUCAGCCUCCUACAGCAGAUUUUCAUCUCUGCUGUUUCGCGGAGCAGCUGUAUUACAAAUGAACAGUGUUUGCCCUCAUAUCUCUUGGUGGGAAUACAGAUGAGCUUCAGAGAAGCAAUGCAAUGAAAACAGGAUAUUGACCGUGAAGCGGUUUCUUCUUUGCUCAAGAGAAAUUAAAACAAGAUUUAUGGAUUUGUGUAAUGUAAUCAGCGCAGACGAGAAGGUAGAAAUUGCUUCCGUCUGUGUGCGUAUGUUCGUUUUUGUGGCUUCAGAGUGUCUCACAGUACUGCGAAUGCACAUUUAUUCAUUAACAUUUGAUUAAAGUAACUUAAUGCAGUUUUAAAAAUCAGCAAUAGUCAGGCAGUAUCUAGGGGGAAGCAUGAACCAAGGGUAAGGGAAGCAAAAGCAUGCAUUUUGAUUCUGAGGAGCAUAAUCUAAUGGAGUUAAGUAGCAAGAUUUUCCCCUCUUGUAGCAGCCUAUGUUGCCCCAAGCGAGGCAUUUGAUCCCUGAAUGCUCUAGUGGAGCUGCUCAGUAGCCAACAGUGGAAGAUGAGAGGCUGCACUGGCAGCUUUAAGGUAUGGAAACAUGCUGCUGCAUGAACUAGAAGCAAAGAGAUGCUGAAAGAAAGCAUAUGUCUGAAAGGUUAGAAAACAUGACGUAAUAGGAUCUCACAUAGAAACAACCUCGUAACAAUCGUCAGGCAGCUCUGCUCUAAUGAGAAAGGCUGACUCUAUCUUUGGGCAGUGAAGGAUCUUCCUCUCUUCUGCCUCGCUCUCUCUUCUUCGCCCACUCCGCCUCGCCUUCCUCCAGCCUUCAGCUGACAUUUAAACACGGUCAGCUGAUCCUGACCGUCUGCUGAACGUUUCAGUUGCGGUACACUAUCUGGCUUUUAUGCACGAUUUAUGAACACUGACUUCAGGGGACCUUUAAAGAGACAUUUUUCCUUACUCACAUAGAGGAUGAUGGUGGCAUCUGUUUUGAUUUAGCAGGGAAACACAAAAGCUUUAUUUUAAGGUCAGCUAAUAAACAGAGAGCUGCUUUUAGAGACUUGCAUCAUAACAAUAGAUCAGAUUAGAAAUCUUGAUCUAAAAAGCAAAAUCGUUGUCGUGAAAUUGGGGCAGAGAUGUAACCCAUGUUUACAUGUUAAAACAUUAAUAACGAGGUUUUAUGUCUGAAAAGCUACCUCUUGCAAACAUCUUUGACUUUAAAGCGCAGAAUGAAGUAGCUUUUAUUCAUGUUCAAAAAGUGCAAAAUAACCUUGUCUUUAAACACAUUGGACUGGCCUCAUUCAAUAUGACUAGAACCUGCAGGUCUCUGAUCUUGUAAACAGGAUUAGCUUUCCUUGUUGUCAUUUCAUCCCAUCAGACCUUAGUGGAUGCUAAUCAAUAUUCUUAAAUUGCUCAGCAGAAGUGCAGGCCUUGAGGAUUGAUGUCGGUCCCUUGGCCUUUUUGAAAUUGCUUUUGCUCUGAGUUGAUCAUUUGUUGUCGGAGCACAUGCCAGAUUUGUUGCUGCUGCACAAACUGAUAACAGGAUGUUUGUGUUUGGAUGCUCAUGUGUCAUUGGGAUAAUGUUGUGCUCUGUUUGGACAGACUAAAUGCAGACCAAAAGGAAACAUCUUGGCAGUGUAUUAUUAACUGAAAUUGGUUAGCUGCGGGGGUGCCAGAUCGGAGAUAGAGGAAAUUAAGCAUUUAGUUAAUGCAAUUUCACACAAGAAAUUCAUCUAAGAGCUAAAACUGUUCUUUUAGCAGCUAACUAGACAGCAAAAAUCACUUUGUCAAGAUUAUAUAGAUUAAACAUUUACAUAAUUUUACAUCUCCAGGAAGGAAAGUCUCUAUAGCAUUAAAGUGGAAUUUUCUAGCUACCAUCUCACAAAGCUCCACCAGCUGUUGCACAAAAAAGGUACUAACUCUGUUUUGUUGUGAGAAAGGGAUCUUUUAUUCAACACGAGCACACCAAACGGGAAUCCAGCCAUAAACAGACCUCUUUUUUUUUUUCUCCCAAUUCAUCACAGGCAUGAAACGGCUUUCUAAAAACAGAGUAAACUCUUCAGCAUCACUUCCAACAUUAAACACUUGACUGAUGUUUUAGCACUCUCUUUCUCUCUCCUGUGACUCUGCUGCACAUCUUCAAGAGGCACUCAAACUUUAGUGCUGAUUAAUUGGUUGAGCUCAUGGAAAAGCAGCUGCUCAAGUGUAAAUAUUUGGAGCUUUGAUUCUCUCUAUUGUGUAGACUGAAGGAAGGUAAGAAGAACCAAGAAUUCAAAUGCACUGAUGUAACCUGGGUUGGUGCAGGUCUGGAGGAAGAUAAUGGUAUAUUUAAGCUUUCUCAAUCAGUAUUACAAAUCAAAAUUAUGUAUUACAUGUCAAUACUAGGGGGCGGCACAGUUGUGUAGUGGUUAGCACUGUCGCCUCACAGCAAGAAGGUCCAGGAUUCGAAUCCGGCUCAGGGCGUUUCUGUGUGGAGUUUGCAUGUUCUCCCUGUGUCUGCGUGGGUUUACUCUGGGUACUACAGUUUCCUCCCACAGCCCAAAAGCAUGCCUAAGUGGGGUUAGGUUAAUUGGUCACUUUCAAAUUGCCCGUAGGUGUGAAUGUGAGCGUGGAUGGUUGUUUGUCUCUAUAUGUCAGCCCUGCGAUGAACUGGCGACUUGUCCAGGGUGGUCCCUGCCUUCGCCUAAAGAUGCUGGGAUAGGCUCCAGCCCUCCUGCAACCCCGGGAACGGGAAUAAGCGGAUGUCAUGGAAAUGGAUGGAUGUCAAUACUAGGGGUGUCCCGGUACGACAUUCAUAUCAGCAAAAAAUCGGAUAUCGGAUUAUAUCGGCCUCCAUCUAAAAUCUCAGAUAUCAGCACUCCGACAAAAGCAGUCCAUUCCAGACUCCACUCCAGCACCUUUAUCUAGCAGCAACCAGAUCCAGCAUGUAGAGCCCACGUAAUCACAACAACAGUGUACUAAGGUACUAACAAAGUAUCAAGGAGUAAGAGUUAUGUCGGCCCUGUGGCAGUAUUUUUCAUUUAAGUCCGUUGCAGCUGAGUGCAAAACUUGUCAUGCACAAGUUUGUGCCAAUAUCGGAUCAAUAUCUAUCAGCCAAUAUUGAAGGCUACAUUAUCGGUAUCAUAUCAGAGGUAAAAAAAAGUUGUAUCGGGACACCCCUAGUCAAUAGAGUGACAGUGUCUUAAUAUGACUAUAAGAGUUAUCUAGAUUUGUUGAUUUUAUAAACUUUGCGACCUAGAAAAAUAUUUAUGCAUAUCCUAAAUUAUUUUUUCCAGCUUUGAACUUCUUUUUCAUAACAUAGCAGCUGUUUCAUGAUGUAACAUUGCUAGUUAGCUUGGACUAAUUAGCAGUCAGUCUUCAAAGACGGUUGAACAACUGUCUCUGGUGUCUCUGUAAUCUCAUCCAGCACCACAACCUCCUCCCUAAGACUUGUUACAGCUCUGUGAGGAUAUAUCGAAUAUCCAUGCAGAUCAGGUAUCUAAAAUUUAGCACAAGAACAGACACUCAGCUUCGGUUACAGCCGUUUAAGAAAACUAUAAACGUCCUCUUCUGAAAAGUCAGCCAAUAUGUUUGCUGUCUUACUGACAACGAAGAAAACAAUAUGUCCAAAUCCACUAAGAGUAGAACACUCAAGCUGGUUAAAACUCUUCACAGUAUGCACACUUAUGACCCAGCUCAUGGUUAUAUGGAUCAAUAUUCAUAGUUUUUCCAAAAAUAAACUCUUCAAUCAGUCUUGCGGAUGAGCAGAACAGCCUGUAAUUGACCCAAACUCUAUUAAUCAGACUGUACUGUCGGGGAGAUGUCUUAUUCAGGCGUCUCAGAGAUCAGCAAUCUCAGUGAGCAAAGUGGGUCUUGUAACCAGGGAUGAAUGUACUUGUUUCCAAGGCAACAGCCAUGAGGGAAUGUUAGGCAAGAGUGUAAAGACCUGAUUUUAAAGUGCUUUGCUGACCAUUCAGGCAGAAUAUCUUCAAACUUUUUCUUUUAUUGAAAUGUAAAUUCAAUAGAGACUUUCAGGAUAAUAUGGAACUAAAUAAAAAUGACAUGUCUUUACUUUAUAUUCCUGAGAAAAUCAGACUUUUGAGGCUCCAGUCCUCGAGCCCCCCACUGUCCUGCAUGUUUUGGAUGUUUCCCUGCUCCAACACACCUGAUUCAAAUGAUUAGCUCGUUAUUAAGCCAUUCCAGAGCUUGAUAACGAGCUGAUCAUUUGAAUCAGGUGUGUUGGAGCAGCGAAACAUCUAAAACAUGCAGGACAGUAGGGGGCUCGUGGACUGGACUUGAGAACCACUGUAUUAAGCCAAAGAGUUGAUUUUGAAGUUUAAAGUGUGUCCUUUUUGUGGCAGGCUGAUUGUGCAUUUUCUCUCCUAGCUACAGUUUUUAAGAGUUAGCAACCACUCACGACUGUUCAAAUGCCUGUUUUCAGUCUUCUUGGUUUAUUUCAGGACCUGACAGGUUUUGUUUGUGAUCAGUAAAACGCAGAACAUACUUUCUUUAUGCAUAUGCAUUAUCUUGAAAUAGUUAUAUUAGAUAGGAAAGUUGUACCGCACUCACCCAGUUAUUUCUUCUUGGCUUGUUUAUUGCUUGUUUUUUUUUCCCUCAGAGGACCUGACAGGUUAAACCUAUCAAUAUAAUGCAGGUCGUGCAAUUUUUGUGCAUAUGUGUUAUCUUGAUUGCUGUUAUAGUCAUCUUUUUUUGCAACGGCUCCAUCUGUUACUAAGAUUAUAGAGCUGCUAUGGUCCAAUUUCUCCAAGAGCAAGAGUAGUAUGAUCUGUUUUUAUUAUAUGGAUUCAGUGUCAUGGAAACAAACUAAGACUUUCUUCUCAGAUAUCUCUGUCCCCGCUCUUGUUACCAUUAAUUUCUUUCUCCUCCAGUUUUGUUUGAUCUGAAGUUGCAGAACUGUCGGUCUUUACUGGUGUUUUUGAUUUACUCUCAGUCAGCUAUAACUAAGAAGAUCUCUCCCUGUUUUUUUUCUGUUUCAGAGCGCUCACCUGGCCAUGAUCGACACCUUGAUGAUGGCAUACACAGUGGAGACAGUGAGCGGGGAGAAGGUGAUGUCCUGCAUUCGUCAGUAUUCAUCCUCUGACCCUGAGGUGGAAACGCCUUAUGACACAGAGGAUGCAGUGACAACCUGGAUUAACAAGGUGGGUAUUGUUUGGUGUGUUUGUCAAAAAUAAUUGAACUUCAUCAGCCUGUAGUUUUCUAUUUUGUUUCACAUGAGAAAUUCAAAGUAAGUCUCCACUCAAAGACCUGGCUGCUAUUUGUACAAUCCAUAAGAUAUACAGUAGAAGACACUCUGGCUCAGGGCCAUUUACGUCAUGUCAGGCACAUGGAGCAUAAACUCUGAAAUUCUACUGUGCUCAGCAGGGUUGCAAGUUAUUACAGUGAAAAACAGUGACCUAAAUACCAUCAAAUCCAUUAUACGUGUCACACUUUGUUCUCAUGCCCCAAGGUUAUACCAUAUGACAUGUACAGGUGAACUCACAGCAAGAAAACAUCCUUCUGGAGUAAAAGAAGAAGGUGUGAUUGCACCAUUUUUGGAGUUUACUCUGUCAGCAACCUUUGUAAAAGAGUUUUAUAUCAAAAUGGAAAGAAACGUUGAACAUUUGCUACAUAUUUGGUUGAGUUAUAUUCUUACAACAUGACAGAUCUUCUCAAAAAUGCUGAAGUUUGUAAAGUCUCACAUCCCACAUAAUACAUCACUGUAGUGCAUAUUAGUCUAAGCGCACUGUACAUGCUUAUUAAAUUGUAAUUAUAGAUGGUUGUCUUAAUGGCCUUCAUGUGCACAUGGUCCUGGCUCAUUCAUACAAUGCUGCAGGGUCCUGUGUGUUUACAUUCCUCUGCUAGGAACACUGGGCUGAUGCCAACUCUAAGCUUUACACACACACUCACUCACAAUGGCUAACAGGUGUGGUCAUGGAGUCCUGCUGGUCACACAUAUGGCUCUCUGCUGGAGCCUCUUUGUGCUCCAAAGGUCCUAAAUUCACCUACUUACUAGCUGAUUCCUGCCUUAAGUUGAUCCACAUGGACCUCAGGUGACAUACUUUACAAGUAAGUGGUCUGAGGUGAAGAAAUCAAGUAAGAUUUCAGUCAGAUCAAAUCAACUCCUCCAGACUCAGCUUCAGUCAGAUGACAUUGAAUUGACUCAGAACACAAAACACCAUGAUAGUUUUUUUUUCACUUUCCCAUAAUCCAAAAAGCAAUACUAUCACAAGGUCAAACAAAAAACAAAUUCAUGAUUGAACUUGGAUGAUGGUAAUAAACAUCAUGAAUUAUAAGUCAUUCUGUGUUCCUAAAAUAAAUUUGGCUCAUUAACUCUGCUGACUCUGUAAAUUUAAACCUUUUCUUUUCUCAUACCCCCUCAUGCAGGUGAACGAGUACUUAAAAGACUUCCUGGCUCAGGAGCAGAGGAAGAAGGAGACACAGAGUAAUGAGCCCUCUGUAAGUCCUCAGGUUUUUUUCUUUCUUGUUCUUUCCUUUCCCGACAGUUUACUAACUAUGAAUGAUCACAUACAGAUCAUGUAACUAGUUUUAAAAACUGUUUACACAAGAGGAAUGAAACCUUUGGCUACACUUGAUGUAAUUUUUACAGAUGUCACUGCAAAAUCUGGGGCCAGUUUCCUUGACAAACUUUAAACCCUUGAGGUCUCUAUCAAGGAGGAAACUCAGUCACAUAUGUUAAAGCUUUGGAUUAAGCAUCAUCUGUGUUUACUUAACAAGAAAGGAGGAAAAUGCCAGGACACAUCCUUACAUCACAGCCAGUUUAUCAACCCUGACAAAUAUACAAGCCUCACUCUCUUCAUUUAAGCUUCAACCGGCGGGUCUUGUCUAAUUAGGCGGGCUGUCAUUUAAUGUGAGGUCACCCAUGAGUGUGCAGAGUGUUGCCCACAGCCCAUACUGUUGUAUAACUGACUCUAGUAUCAACACUGACUUCCACUGACUGCAUAUUUAAGUCUUUUUCUACAGCUCAUGUUCAUCUGUGUAUGCAUUGUACUGUGUAUUUGAGUAACUGGAGCAGUCUGUGCUUACACUGUAUCUGUACUAAUGGUCGAUCGGCUGAUGCCAAUAUUGAUUAUGAGAGAGCAGGCUGGCAUAUGCAUGAUAUACAAUGUAGAUUAGUGUUUUUGUUUUUGCAUUAAAAAAACAAUAAUUCAAUUAUUCCAAUGGAAAACAAAAUAAUUGGGCAUGAGUAAAAAUUUUAUCAAACAAACUUGAAUGGUAUAUUAAUUGGCUUGGGAGGGACUUUUGGAUUUCUGUCCAGCAAUUGAAAUAAAAACACAAGUCAGUGACUGUUUUAGGUUUGAUAUGCUGUUGACAAGUGAUGAAAAAAAAAGCCUUUUUAACUGGAGAAAAGAUAAUCGUGAAAUCAGUUGUAUGAGGGACAAUGCAAUGUGAUGUCAAUUUGGUCAAAACACCAUUAAUCUGUUGAUCAGUUAUUCUGAAAAUGGUGGAAAUAUUUUGAGUGUGAUUAAAAAAAGUAUACCAAUUUUAAGUUUGUAUUGCCGUUUGUGAAUUACAUGCACAGUUCCAUAUUUGUCUGUCUGUAUAGAGACGUGGUUGCAAAGAAAUACUGUAGCAAGUGAUUCAAGUUACAUAAAAUAUUACAUACAAUGAAACUUUUAGUCUAAAAUUUUACACCAAAUAGAAACCAUUUAUGUUUGGAUUCAGAAAUGCUGGUUCAAAGAUAUAAAAGAGACUUUUUAUUAGGGUUUUGCAAAGAUAUUCAGAUCUCCAAAAGUCUUGAUCAUUCUCUUACUCGUUGAAAGACAGCCUUUAGGUUUGUCCUCUCAUCUCGACUUGAAGGUUGCUUUACCAAUCAUGGAUAAUCAUUCAAAAAGAUUUGGGGCUCUAUUUUCGUGCCUCGCCGGUGGCGUGGUGUAGGUGUGGUGUAAGUCAAAUCCGCUGCACCGACAAGGCGUGCCAAAGCACAUUUUGGUGUUUUGAUGAGCGGCUCAGCCCGGCGUAAGUAUCCCCCCUCCCUAACUCAGCUCCUCCCAGCGGCGUAAGUCGUAAAGAGGGAGGGGAUAAGGCGUGGAGUGGGUUUAACACAGCCGAGACCUUUUUUCGCCAAUCACAUAAGCUCCUCUCCUCACCUUUAAAUCCGGCAUGUAAACAAAAAUAAUACUUAGAGAAGAAAAAUUAAAGGUUUAUAUCAGCUUCUUAUCAUCCUGACACAGCAGAGUGGUGAUCAGAAAAGAGAGUGAAGGAGCAGGUGAAUGUCAUCCACCUCCAGCCUCACCAGUAAUGCUUUGUUGGAGUCUGUCCCCCACCUCUAGCUAUUGUUACUGUUGACCAUUGUUUGUUUUCAACUGAUGUGGUGUGAGCAAGUUUGAAAGUCAUGUAUCUCCUCAACACACGAGGUAACCAUGAAAGUUUUCAGCUCACAUUCAUCAACACUAGUUUGUGCAUCUCAUUAUCUUCUCUUUUCUACAUUUUCUCUGCCCUUCGUCUCCUCUCAGACACUCCCCCCUCCUCCUCUUCCUGGGUCAUGGCUCCUUUCCUAGCCUCCUCUCCAUCACAGUCCACACACCAUGACACUCCCCUGCCAGUGAUGCUGCUCUGUAGAGAUGUUCAGAGAGUCAGACAAGUUACCUAAGGGACAGUAUCACAAGCUCUGUCCCUUGUGUUUCAGCCUGCAGAGGGUUGAAAUCAAGCAGCAGUGUGAGUUUGCGUGUGUGUGUGCAUGUGUGUUGUUCACACAGACUUGUGUGCUUGAUGCUGAUUCGACCAGUCAGUGUGCAGACGCGGCACUGCAUGCCUCAGCUAUCCCUCAUGAAUACACAGUUGCAUCACAGAAAAAAGUAAUAUCACAUCAUUUCAUCAUCAGACUUUUAUAACGCUUGUUGAACCAGAAAACUUUCCCCUGAACUGAUUGACUGGAGCUACGACGUGCCCUCCUUGUCACUUUGUCACUAAGAGAGUGAGGGCACGGCUGCUCAUGAAGUGUUACCGUGUCUGUUUGUUUGGCCCCCAGGCCUUUCAGUGUUGGCCCUUCAGUAUCAUCACCUCACCCUUGGCGGCUCACACGAUGGAUGUGUGAGCCGCCAAGGGUGUUUGUGUGUCCUUAUGGUGACUCGCCUUUUGCUUGUAGCUGACAUUGUUUCGGUCACUGGUUAAUGCGGUUUUACUCUUCAGAUUAAUUAAGGAACAUUUGAGUCGGACAGUUCGUCUGCCUGUAGCUGCUGAAACAGAUCCUGCUUCUGUCCUUGUUUAUCUCACUCCCAAAGUUAUCCCUAUUUAAAAGAACAGCUUGUAAAUUGCAUGAUGGGGAAAUGUGAGUUAAUUUAAUAAUGAAUAAAAAAUUAAUGUCAUUGGCUAUUUUCAUACAACUUUCCACACUAUUUGUUCAGUUUUUAUACCUCAGUUUAGGGCUGGGCGAUAUGAGAAAAAAGCUAUCACGAUAUAUUUUUUUAUAUCAGUUGAUAUCGAUAUAUAUCACGAUAUAAUAAGCAGGGUCAGGUGGUGAAAGAGAUUUGAGGUAUUCCCCGACGUUGUGACAACAUAUACUCGACAUAAUUUGCAGUGCACGUUACUCUGCUUCAUGUCUGACCUAAAAACACCAAAAUACCUCCACACCACCAAUGUUUUUAUGCCAGUGUUGUUGACGAUGUCAUCAUCUGUUAAGUUGUCAUCUGCAUUUCUGCCGGGGGUAGCGCUCAUUUUCUUAUUUUCUCACUCACAGUGCUGUCAGCGUCACGUGUUAAAAUUCUAUGGUUGCGUGUAGCUGGAGUCUGCUACUACGCAGUUGUUUGCUACUUGGUUCUUAUUCAGCAUGAUUGGUUCAGCACGAAGCGGACCCAGAGCAACCCCCCAUUUCAUUGGCUAUUCGUAUAGUCUACCAAAACAUGGCAGAAUGCAAACUAUGGAAAAGCAUACUAACCAUGUUUUAUAUCGAUAUUGAGGGAAAUUGAUUUUUGAUAUAUAUCAUUAUCGUUUCAUCGCCCAGCCCUUCUCCAGUUUAUAUUUAACUUCUAGGUCGCUGUGAUAGACAAGAGACAUUGUAUAACAAUUGCUUAGACUCUUAGCUGUUAGAUCAUAAGAAUGACUUUGCACCUAAUCUUAGAGUCUUUUUAAAAUAGCAUCUGUAUUAUUUUCACAUUUCUAUCAGUUAUAUUGCAUGAUAUACUCUGUAAAGAACGGUUGCAACUGGCUGGUCAUGAAACUACCAGAGUGGUAAGGAGAAAGUGGUUGAUUUCUCUUUACUUCUUUUGCCUUUGCAAGCAUAAAAACAGAUAAAAACAUCAUUGUUUAGUUGCCAAACUGGCAGACAGUCGCAGUACUUUAUGAGAGAAAUAGAAGCAUAUGUUCAUGUUCUGAGUUGUCCCUCUGACUCAGAGAAGUUCACUCAUUUAUUCCCCUCUUGCUCAGGCAAAACAAAGCCUUAGCGAAAGUGUCCAAAAUGUGCUUGAAGCAUUUAAAAACAUCAGCCUGACAAAAAAUUGAGUUAGUUUGCCUUCAAAAGGUUGAAGAAAGAAAGCUAAACAAGGUUUAAAUAAAACUGCACUAAUAGUCCAAAAACGUGCUCUUUUCUUCUGGUCCUAUCUUCCUCUCCAUUACUCCCCACCUGCCCAGACCUUCCCCCUUUGUGUCUUUGCAGUAUGACUGCAGUGUGAGUCACACAGGCAGGCUGUGUCUCAGACAGACUCAGAGAGAUGUUUAACCCUCCUGGGACAACACCGGAGAGCUCACCGGGUCAACAGUUUGUUUUUAUUUUCGCUUACUGUACUUCACCCGAGGGGGGAAGGGGAAGGCAGGGUGGGGUGGGGAGAGGGACUGCAAAGGCGAUGUCAGGACAGAGAAGAGAGAGAGACGACUAAUCCUUUUAAGUUUCAAAGCUAAGCAGAAGAUCAACCGGACAUGUCUGGCUUCACAGGGUUGAGCGCUGAUGGGCAAAGGGAGAGUCGUAGGAUGAUUGAAGUGGAAAUGGGUGGGGUGUAAUAGUGUGGGGAUACAGACAGAACCGUAAUAUGUAAGUGUGUGUUUGUGGGUGUGUCCUCUGUAAGGCGAUGAUGGAUGGAGACGCCUCUCCCUUGGGGUUAGGUUGGUGGUUAUAACAGAUUUUAGACUCUGCUUGACCCUGCUUAGCCUACAGUCUGGGAUCAUCAGUUAAGAUGCAGACAGCCUUCAUCUCCUUCAUCUUAUCCUGACGCUGGCAGAGUUUAUAUUCUAGAGGUGAAAGCUUAUUUCAGCGUUAAAGUAACGAUACUUCUCUGUGUUUGAUUCAAAUCGACUUCUUUGGUACACUGAUUUGUGAUAUAACCAGAACAUUUCGUCUGAUCCACCCUGGCUCUGUCUCAUGUUGUGCACCCCUCCUGUCAACCAAAUGUUCGACUCUGCCAGUUCGUCUGUGUGACUUUAUGAGGUCAUGUUUUGGGGAGCGCUUGCAUGGCCUGGAGAGACAAAGUGAGGACAGAGUUUGUUUCCUUCUCUGCCAACAAAUAUGCUUUGUGAUAUCGCUGCAACGAGGGAUUUCAAGACAGGAAUAUUGUUCAAAAAGGAGUGUCUGAGUGAAAAUGUCAGAAACAUGACACCUGUUUUUGUUAGAUCAAUAAAUGUAUGGCAAAAUAAACUGCUUUAAAAUCUUUGAGAUCGAUGGUUCAGUUUUUAAAGUGGUUCAAAAACACUUUUCUUUACUAAAUAUUAUUAAUAAUUUACACAAAAUAUGGACUGUUUUAGUGAUAGAUGAUUCCUGCAGUCCACUAUGAUGUGGUUGAUCAAUUUUCCUGCUAUUUCUGACUUUAAAAUGAUUCCCCAACUUAUCUUUUCUUUCUCUUUUCAGCAGUAUUACAUAAGCCAUCCAUUCACAGACAAACAGAUAAAACUGAUGAACUCGUGUCAUAAAUCAGAUUAGAUCAGGUGUGUUUCUCUGAUAGAAUCAAAUUCCAACCUGUGACUCAGAUUAACAUCCAGAGGGCAGCAUCGUUAAUCACAUCAGGAAUCUCCCUGAAGAAGUCACACCCUCUUCUUUUUUCUUCUUCCCGUUUUGAUUAUUUAUUUUUCAGAGUUUCGUUCGCUGUAUUUUCUCAGCAGUCGUGGCCCUUUGAAGUCGAGCACUUACGAGCCACUUUGAGCAGCACUCACAUUUGGCUCUUUGAUGCCUCUCUAGGUAGUGUGAGAAUUAUCUGUUAACUGAGGCAAGCCUCUCUUCUUUUCCAGACAGCUUACAUUGUCAGUAGAGAGCUGACAGGUUGGAUUCACUUAUGCGGUUUGGAUUGUUUUCUGUUUUCCUUCAAGGUUUCUUAGCCACAGACUUUGUUUUUAGUGAGAAUGGGAUACAUUUUGAGAUGUUCUUAAUACCCUGAAGUGUGGGUUACUUUCUCUGCUUAAUUUUCAGUCCACAUGUAUGUGUUGAUAAACAGGCACUGGAGGGAAUUUGGAGAGUGUAAUGUAGGGCUGGGUGAUAUGGCCUCAAAUCAAUUUCACGAUAUAUUGAGCAGUUCACCUUGAUAACGAUAAAUGGACGAUAACUACUCCACAAGCUGCUCACCCCCUCCCAUAUUAACUUAGUCUACGUCAGCCGCCACAACUUCUGAACCGUCCUCCAUCUCCUCGCCUGUCUUUCCGUCUUUGUUAUGGACUGGAUGGGGUGGAGUCACAUCUCUGACAUAGGACAGCGUCUUAAAGGGACAUGAGACUAUAGCCUACCUACACAAAUCCAAAACAAGCUUUUUCAAUCAUAUCAUCUGAUGUGUACAUUUAGGCGUCUUCAUUAUCCCUGAGGGGGGGAUUUGUUUAUUUUGGGUCAGGACUGUUUAGUAGAUUUAUAAUUUAAUAUUUAUCAACAUGGAUGGAUUUUUGAGUAAAAAUGUUUUUUAUAUUUUUUCUAUUUAUGUUAUUUAAUUUGCUUUGUUAUUUACUUUGUAUAAUAAUAAAAUGUUGAACUAAUCUCUAGUUUCUUCAGUUUUUAGUACGGAUGCAUCAAAACUAGCAGUUUGAAAGAAAAUUUUAAAGAAUCGAAUAAAAAUCGAGAUCGGACGAUAUGACAAAAUAUAUUGUGAUCAUCUUUUUACCAAAUUGCUCAGGCCUACACCGAUAUGGGCAAAAUGACGUUGGUUAUUGUCGUAAAUUUCGGUAUUGGUAAAUUUUCGGUUUAUCGCCCAGCCCUAGUGUAACUUAAUAUGCAUUAAAAAAGAAAAGGGAGAAUUAAAACUAACAUAAAAAAAAUACCAGUGGUUUAAAUGUUUAAGUGUUUCUUUCAUUAUGCUUAUUAUUCAGUUACAGUUCUGUUUUUAUUCUGGAGAGAAACUGUGACCCCACAGUGGCCUACAUUUGGUCUAUUGGUGACUAAACUCUUAUGCUGCGGAUGAAUAAGCAGGAAAAGCCUGAGACGGACAGAAUUUCAGGCUUAUUGGGGUUGCGUGGGCUGCUUUUCUUGCCCGCUCAAUAACACACAGGGUUCCCUUCCUUUGAUCCCACAGCUGCUGUCAUGUCUUUCCUUUUAUAACUAAUCGCAUUACAAACUAAUCUCACUAACAGGUAUGUCUAUGUCGCUGUUGUUUUUUGUCUGUUUCUCCUCGUGCUGCUGCAGUCUCCAACCAAGUGGUACAUGAAGCUUGUGCCUGUAAGUCAACUAAUCAGUGCUCUGCUCUUUCAUCUAUGUCUCCAUAGUGACCGUCUCUCCUCCCUUCUGCAUCUCUCUGUGUUUAUUGUCAUCAUUUCACCACGUGUGCAUCAAUCUGUGACUUAUCCAUGACAUAACCACUGCUUUAAUCUUCCUUCCCUGAUGUGGUUCACAGCUGAGUCAAAACAUGACAAGAAACCUUGGAAAUGUAGCCAUAAUUGAAAUAAUUUGGUUUGUGAAUUAAAUUAAUCGUCCUUAAUUUUCAACAGUCUGUUCAAAUUCCAGUGUCACAUGAGAGGUUAUGUUAAUUGAAAUCAGUGGUAACCAGACAUGCACUUUUGUCUUACAGACGUCCUUGUAUUUGUGAAAGCUUUUAACAAUAGAAGUAGACACCCUUGGGGAAUUUAUAAAGGAGUCUCAGGGGUUUAGCUAAAACUUGAUUUUAUUAGGAUUUAAUUUCAAAGAUUGGAUGUCUGGGAGCAUUUGGCAUGAAAUUGUUUCAGAGACGAUGGGCCAGUUCUCACUGUGAGCCUUUUUGUAACACUGGGGUGUUUUAGUGGAAAGUUCUGUCUUACCUUUUACCACCAGCCUGCUAUCAAGGUUUUUGUACUCCCUCAAUCACGCCUAUUGAUAUAUGGAUUUUAAUAUAUUUCUUUUGGAUUGAAGUUUGAAAAAACCACCAACACUCUCUACAAUCUCCACACAUUUUAAAGUAAAUACUCACCAUUUUGAUUAGUUUUUGUGCAGCACUUACAGUGCCCAGCAUAAGUCAGUACACGCCCUAUUAAAAGUAAUGUAUUCAAUAUCUAGAUGAGCAAAAGUACAAUUUCCAAAGUUUUGACAAAGCUGAGUUUAACAUUUAACAUUUUAUGUACCAGAAGAUGAAAAUAAGGGUGAUAUGGUGACUUAAACUUAGCUUUGCUCCCAGAACUUUGCUUGGGGUGUACUCAUUUUUGCAUCCUACUUUUAAAUUGAAAAAUACUUUUUUGUAUGAAACUUAAAAAAUCAUGUUUGCAAUCAAUAGCCUUCAUUUGGGGAAGUAUUUUGUUGUAUAAUCUGACAGAAAUGUUGAUUUUGAAAGGAAACUAAAGGUUUUCUGACAACUCUGAAGGGGUGUACUCAUUUAUGCUGAGAACUGUAUAUGUAACGUUAAAGGAUUAAUUCCCCUCCUCUUUCUUUUCAAUGAUUGAAACAUGUUACUACUUAUGCUUUAAGGCUCUAAGAUGACUCCGUUUCUCAAUACAUAUAAGCAAAGCUACUGAAGCCUUGAUUUCUUCUAAAGUAGCUGGUACAGCUGUCAUGCAGUGAUUCACAUUGAAUGAUUUAAAAAAGCAACAACAGGAAAGGUCAGACUUACAGGCAGAGAGGGUAACGUCAUCGAUUGCAUGUGAUUAAUUGUUACGUAUUUCAUGUUUUGCAGGCUCGAUACAGAAAGGAGCAGACGUCAACUCAGCAGCUUCCCUGGAUCCCCCCUGUGGACAACCUGCUGAAAGACAGCACAGACGGCUCUGCUCUGGGUGCUCUGCUGCACUUCUACUGCCCUCAGCUGCUACCUUUCGAAGGUAAGGAGAGAUCUGUAUGCAGGUUUCAGGCCAAGAAGUUCUGCAACUUUUGAGGUACUGCGCUUGAAAACUGCAGCAGAAAAGAUCUGUUUUUGGAGCACAGAUGUCUUACAGUCCUCUAAACACAGUAAAUUUCUCAUUUAUUAUUAUUCCCCCCUAAUUUCUAACCUGGUGGAUUGUAUUUACACACCUCUAACAUUGUGUGGGGAUUUAUUUGUCUCAUUUUGUCCUCUGUCCCUGAGUGUAUCACUCAACGUAUCAAAGAUCAGCCACAAACAUCAGCUGCAACAUAAUCACAUCACUUUGUUCAAGAAACGUGAUAGCACACACGCUCAAACACAAUCACUCAAUAGAACAUUCAGCAGGACAAAAGAUCAAUCACGCUGUUUACUCUUUACAUGCGGCUCCACCCACAGAUUGAUAACAUGCAAUCAGGACCAGCCAUUAGUCAGUCACAGACUCCUGUGCUUAUAAAGCCGUUUCUCACCAACCCAUCUUCAAUGUCGUCCUCAACACAUCUUUGAUUUUUACCAAUACAAAAAACACCAGCAAAUCAAAGUGGUGUGUCGUUAUAACCUGUAACAUUUCAGCCGUCAAACUCACACUGAUGUCAGUCUGACCCUGACGCCCAAUGGCUCCCUCUUCCCUCCCAGAUGUCUGCCUGAAGGAGAACAUGACGCUGGCCGACCGGCUCUACAACCUGCAGCUCAUUCAAGACUUCUGCAAAGACAACCUGAGCAGCUGCUGCCAUUUCAGCCUGGAGGACAUGCUGUACGCCUCUUCAACUAUCAAGGUACGGCUCACACCUAACUGCAUUCAGCAACAAGGGUCACACACAAGUCGAUAACCACUAUUACAUAUGAAGAUAAUUAGAUCCUUGCUUCUGGAUCAGAUAGUUAUAAUGGCCGGUUAAGUUUUGUGUCGGCUAUUGUCUGGCUUUUCUUUUCUAUUUGUUUCGUUGCUGGGAAAUUUGUGUUUAAGAGUGGUCUAAUUAAUUCAGCCUUAACAUUUCAAGAAGUAACUUGAUGACUCUGUUGGGACACUGACCCCGUUUGUUUGGUGUCCAAAGCCUCCCUCUGCAGAACAGUUCUGCCCUCUGUAAAUUGCUUUUACAGUCGCUGUUGGAGAGUUGUUCAAUUCUUAAGGGAAUUUCUCUCAGAAUAGAAAACUGCUGAACUGCUGACUUUGGGAAACAAAGCGUUGUAAAUAUGUCCGGUAUGUGCCAGCAGAAAGAAGAAAUGUCAAUUUGUAGAAAGAAGAAAAACACAAUCUGAAAACGUGUGACUCUGUGUGAUUUCUAAUCUAAUCACACUUCUUUUACAAACGAGGGAGCAGUGUCAGCUCUUGGUUUUUACUUUCACCAAAUUAAAGAUUAAUAGAGAUGUGAAGUUGUACUUAUGGUAAGGCUUGUUUCCAGAUCUACUGUGUGGUCAUUCAUUCAUGGGGUUUUGGAUGAAACAGAUUAGAAAAGCAUAUGCUGUGGGAUCCAGUGAGAAAGGAGAAAUGAGCAGCUCUGUAGGUCGGCGUGGUGAGUCAUGCUGUGGAAAAACCAUUCAAUCCAAACUAUCCGUCUCCACUACCACAAGCUUCGAGCUGCACCAGGCCUCCUGUCAUUACAUGCCUGUAUGUGCUUUUCCUGUCUUCAUUAAAGCCUCUUUCAUUUACUUUCUCUAUUAAUUUUCGUCUCUUCUUUUUUUCCCCUGUAAUUUCCUUUUUCAAUAUCCUUCUGUAACUUCAUCUGUCUUUGUCCUCUCUCCUCUGUUUCCUUCUUCAUUCUUACUCCUCUUUCUGUCUUUCUUUCUGCAGUCUUUGUCUCGCUAAGUCAGUCAGUCAUCAUCCCGUCUCUCUGCGUCUCUCACUAACCCACUUCUCUUGGUUUACUGUACGUGUCCUCAGUUCUGAUCUCUCACUUCUGAUGUCACUGUCGCCUCUGCUUGUCUGCUGCUGAUGGGAAAAAGAUUGAUUGUAAAUUCUUGUUUUUUUUGUGUGUGUGUGAAGCUGCUGAAAUGCCUCUGUCAUAGAAAUAGUUUGGAGAGGGUUGUUUCCCACUUAAAACUAAGUCCUUGGCCUAGUUUUCUUCCCUCCACUAUCAGAAAACAUCUAAAAGCGCAUGUAUCUAAUAAAUAUGCUGCACAACACGCCUUGUAUUAGUAGUACUCUACCCUUUUUUUUGUAUUUAUCUUCCAUGUGCCUGUAGAUUUGAGUUUUUGUCUUUGUCACAGCUGAUUUUUGGUUCCCAGCAGCUCAUUGUUGUAGUUUUAAACUUACCCUUUGCUCUGUUUUUGCUUAAUCCAGUGUUUUCUCUGGGUUUAUGCUUCAUUCAUUUAUUUUAUUGGUGUCUAUAAGGAAAAGGACCUACUAUGUUGGCCUUGCAACAUAUAAUUCUGGCUGUGUUCAUGUCCUUUUUCUGUCCGUGUAGAAAAGCUUUUCAUUCAAAAGCUGCAGCAGCAGCUGGAAUCCACAAAUCCCACAACAUCCCAAAACAGCAACUGUCACUACCUCGCCGCACAAAAGGCACAACAAAACCACAAAGACAGUUUACUGCGACUCGUCUGGUGGUUUAGUGUAACUUUCCGUCUGUGCAGUGUUUAUAUUUGUCCUUGGUGUGUCCGUCUCUCUGUGCUUUGCCUGAGAGCCGCAUAAGCAGGAGAGGGGAAAAAAAAAAAGAUGAUGUGAAUGACUUUGACUCUGCCUCAGCAUGUCCUCUGAUGGAGAAGUGUUGUUCUCAGCACAGUCUGCACACGGGUUACAGAAAGGACAAACAACAAGAGACUGACUAAACAGCAACAUAGAAGCCGCCCUGGUUUAAAAAUAGGGGCUUUUUAGGUGGAGUUGGUGCAGUUGAGAGCAAAGAUAUAGAAAAAAAACAUGCCUUACUUUCUAGCAGGAGCAGCAAUCAAAUUUGUAUAAAUAUCACAGUUAUAUGUGUGAAAAUAUACCGCUAUCAGGGUUAAAGCGCUCUGUGCCAAAGUCCACACAUUUCAACUCAGCACACGGCCUCAAAAAACAUAAUUGACCCUCAUGAACCAGCCUGUGCCAGCACUAUUCUGCUGACACUGAUUUCACCAAGGAUGAAAUAAAACCCCAGCAUCGCAGAGUUAUCGCAGCGGUGCAGCCAGAACUGCGAACAGAACCAGUUAGAUUCAGUAACCUUGACCCACUUUCCAGGCAGUCUGUUGUGUAUGUCGUGGCCUGUCAUACUAAUGGAGACCUUAUUAUAGAGAUGGAGCUGGGACAUGUAGCGGAGCGGGGACGAGAGAGAGGCGUCGAUGCGGGAGAAAAUUGAAACAGGAGGGAUGAGACGAGGAGGGGUGAUAACACUUAACACCAGCAGAGAGCUGAAAAGAGAAAGAGGGUAGAAGAGACGGAGAGGUGAAUAGAGAGAAAGAAGGACCUGAUGAUGUGUUUAGACAUGUCCGUCAUUACAGCAUUCACACAGACGCACAAAGUACAUCUUAAUAUCACACUUAAGUGAGAGUGUUCAUUUGUCAAUCUCUCCAUCAAAUGGGAUUAGGCCUGAGGAUUGUUAAGAAGGCAGAAUAUAAAACUUUCUGUGGUAUAAUUUCUCAACUAUAAUGGAAAAUUACACAAAAUUCACCUUUAAUUGAAAAAAAAGUUACCAGGCUUUAGUUAUAUCAGAAAAACGCUGGAUGUAAUAUUUAUUGUUUUAAGUAUCUUUUUGUCCCAUCCAAUGAUCUUCAGAGUCAGAAUAACCUUUAAAAUACCUCAAUCUAGUUCAAACAUGUGAGCUCGACUCCAGCUGAUGUGGUUCUUCCACUUUAAUAGAUGUUAUCAGUCAGCCGGAGAGGCUAGCCUGUAUUCCCCGGAAAUUGGGAUUGAGCAUGAAGAUUCACAGCCCGAACAUUUGACAGCUGAGUGAGUAUUAUCAUGCCGCUUAGACACUCAGACACCGACACCAGUCAGCCUAGCACCUCUAUGUUAGAUUCCUUUGUGCCUGAGAGUGUAGAGGACCGCACAUAAAACCAACAGCCAAGCAUCUGUUUCCUUUCCUCUCAAGGUUUCACAAAACUCAACAUAAAAAUCUGCACAGAAUAUAUUUGUGUGUUUGAGUCUGACUUACAAUAACCCGCAGAGCCCAACCCCCCAAAGCAAUGGAAUACACACAUUACCUAGGGCCAUCCUUUCCUAAUGGACACCAGGCUAGUAAAUCACGUCAACCCACUCCCAUUUAGCAGCUCUUCAUUUAAUUAAUUCAAAGCACAUCUGAAUAACCAUCUGUGGAACCAGGAGGGGGAACAAAACACACCAGCUUUGGGUUUUUGCCAGUGAUUUUUUCUUCUUCACUGAUUUCUUUACAAGGAGGUUUGAAGCAGAUAUGCUGAUGUUGCCCUAAGAAAGAGGAUUCACUGAUUGUAACUGAAAAUCUGCCACAUUUCUCUACAGUUUUCACCAUUAAAUAAGCAUUGAGGGAAUUAUUGUAGGGAACUGCUUCAAAGUGGGUCCAAAAAAAGGCCUGUGACAAUAACUAACACACACUUGUCUCUGUUUGAUUGAGUUGCUUUGUAUUCAAGACGUUAGCUGCCAGUGAUUUGCAGUGAUUCUUGCUCUGGGGAAAGCCUCACUUCUCAGACCCCCAGCAGGUUAAGAGGAUCACGUGACUUUAAGUCCUUAAAAUGUCCUUUGAACAAUUUUUGCCCUAAAGGUCUGAACCAUGACUGUUUAUCACUUCAGGAAGAACUGUUAAUGUUUUGUUCUUCAGAUUUUUUUCGUACCAAGAUUUUCUUAGAGCGACUUAAGCUAGUCUGACCGACUUGGUGGUGAAUCAAGAGUACGGUUUCCCAGAUUGGAGCAAGUCUGUCUGGCAGACUGCCGGACCUCGAUCCUUUAAUCAACCCUCUAGCCCAAUCGUUGUUGACAUUAAUGCCCAGUGAAUGCUCAGCUUGUGUCCUGCUAGACUUGCUGACAUAAUUUCUGUGAUUUUAUGCAGGACGUAAAAGAUAGUAAUGUAUUUAAACCCACUCAUUCUAGGUAUGAGGGUGUGCCCAUGGGCUGGAUAUCCAGGACCCCAUACAAUAGACUAUCUCCCUACAAUGCAACCUCCCUCAGCCUCUAGAUCUCUCUCUUGUAAUCGCCAACCAGGUUUCAGUCUUCAUCCCAAGACUGGCACACGCAAAUCCCCAAACAGCCAGAUCUGGCACCUCUGCAGAUCCUGCAGAGGGUAGUAAUGCCAGUCAGCAGGAAGGUCAGCGUAGCAGUGGGGCUGUGGUUGGGUGUGCAGAGAUCUGUGCGCCUAUGUGCGACUGCUGACUGGGGGUAUUAAGCGAUCAGGCGCACACCUGGUAUGUGUGUAGUAGUCGGUGGGACAGAUGGGACGAGGGAAGUCAGGUUGGGCUCUCUGCCACCAGCUUUGCCAGUCGACAGGAGAUCUAUUUUCUCUUCCUUUUUCUUUUUUUAUCUUCUUAUUUUUCUUUGGGAAUCUUUCUUCUUUUCUAUACCAGUAGAGGAAUACUUCAUAUGCUGCAUGAUGUUAAGGUAACAGACACUUUGGUACUUUAUUAGCCUUGUGAUGGGAAUUUAAUGCUUUUACUCUAAGAUCAUGGCUAAAUGAAAAUAAAGCUCAUAACAGUUUGACAUUGAAGUUUGUGAAUAAAAAUAAUUUACUAAUGUUUGAAGAGCUCUACCUGCAGGGAGCAGCUGUUCUCCAUGCUUGUAAAAAUGCUGGAUUGAUCACUUUAUGUUCUACUAAAAUCACUUUGUAACCACGUGCAUUUGUAGCCGCUGAUGUAUUAUCAUGCUACUAUCUUCUUGGGUGUGCUGCAAAACAAAAGAAAAGACAAAAAAGUGGAAAAUGGUGCAGUAGCACCCAAGGGAAACCACUGCUUCUGCUGUUAAUUGCCUCUGCCCCUCCUGGUGUGCUUUUGGGCUGCAGCUGGUGGGGGGGCUUAAGUGAUUUAAGUAUGAUGUGUAUGUGCAGGCUGGUGUAUGCGUGGUAGAGCGAAAUGUUGCUGAUGGGGUGAAUCAGGUAUCUUUAGAGCUGUGCCGUGCAGCAUUGUCUUUGUCUGGGAAGCAUGGACAGAGGGCGGCGAGGGGGCGUGUUUUCUCAAGGUCGUCCCUGCUUCACUGCACUCAUUUUGCAUAUGUAUGCACAUGUGUGCUUAUAAAUGAGUACAGGCGUGCUUAAUGCUUGAAAACUUGAAAAUGGUGUGAUUAUUGAUUAGACUUGUUUUUGUAAGAAUGUGAAAAUGUGUUAACAUCCUUUGAUAUUUAAUUAGAAAUAUCUGGUCAUGGCUUCAUGUUUUGCAAAUAACUAAUAAAUUUGUUCUUUUGUAUAAAAAUCCAACACCAUGAGAAGACCUGUAUUCAAAGGCUAUUUGUCACCAAGCAGUUUGACCACCUACUGUAUGUUGACCUGAUUUUGAAGUGGCCCUGACCUGGCUAAGGAGGGGCAAAGAUCGCUUCAAAAUGUCAUAGCCAAUCACAUUCAUCUUUGCCUCUGGGUUGCAUGCCAGUGAUUGAGACGAGCAAAAAUUAACUGACCUCUAUUUUAUGAAUUAGGUUAAUGCCUUUACUACUCCUCUCUACAACCACAGGUGAAAAUAUCUCGAUGAGAGAGAAUGAAGGUAUAUUACUUGGCAAAUAAAUCCACACUUUGUUGUACUUUGAAGCAUCCUUUGUCACUCUGUUAAAUGCAGCUCCCACUGGUGGAUUAUUCAAAUGCAGACAGAGGGAUAGAAGUCAUACUCAUCAUCUUGGGCUCUCUUGAAGGGUUAACAGAGACACCUGCUGGACAAAGAGAUAAAAUGUAGUUGUACGGUGAAUAGUAUGGUGGAUAAAUUGUCUUUUGAAGUUUGCAUUGUUUUCUUAGUUUUAUGAAGGAUUUUCUGGCACCCAGGUUCUUAAUUUUUUGUCUCGUUUGAUUUCUUCCUCAGAAUAAUUACCUGGUGUUCAUGGCAGAGCUCUUCUGGUGGUUUGAGGUGGUCAAGCCGUCUUUUGUGAAACCACGAAUGCUGGACAAUGACGGCACAGGCAAGUCAGACUAUACAUAGCACUUACAGAUACAUUUGUUUACUGUAGGGUGGAUUGUAAAAUCCUAUAAUCGCUUGUAACUGUCAGAACCAGAGGUAUCUUAAAGUGUGAUUUAACUGUGACAAACCCAGAUGAAAUGAUUUACAGUUUUGUGUUGCCUUCAGUUUAACUGUUUCUCUCUGGUGUACUACUUUAGAGUCCUCAUCCGUGUUGAAGAAUAUUCCAGCCAUCCCAAUCUCCAAAGCAACCAAGAGGAGCUUUAUGGAAAGACCCCCAAGUCCUGAGAGACCCAGGUAUGCUACUCCAAGCCAAGACACAGAGAAUGAAACACUGGAGACCAAUUUUAAAAUAUAUGUGCAUCAGCAAUGAUUUCAUUUUUGAAAUAGUGAAUUAUUUUACUUCAAGCUUAAUGUGCCUGCUCUUAAACUCUUGCUGUAGUUACUGCUGGUUGAUUAGUCUCAGAUUUAAAAAUGCAUGAUUGACAUACAGAAUCUCCUCGUACAAAAGACCUAAAGCCAAAAAGAUGUGAAGUCCUACAUUUCUCCAUGUGUGCCCUUUCACCUCAGUUAUCUUGUUCUUCUCUUUUUAGUUUGCCCCUACGACCACAGCCUCGAAACUCAGGUAAUUUAUUUUGCCAGGUAAAAUUAACAUUAUGAAAUACCAGCUAGUUUGAAUAUCUCUGUUUUUAAUUUUUACUUUGCCUUUGUUUGUCAUCCAGGAGAGAUCAAAAGGUCAACCUCAAUGUCCUUUGUCGAUGGCAAUCUUGGCACCUGGCCCAAAGAGAAAAGGUUAGCUCUUGUCUUCUUCAAAAGAAUCGAUAAGAAAGACAAGAGUGUGGUGAUUCUAAGGUUUUCUUUUUGUUUUACUAUUUAGGUCUGGGCCUUACGGAGUUUCUUUUGACAUUCCCUUUGACAAAGAUGACUCUGCUCCCACUUCUUUGUCAUCCACACGUGGCAUGGUUAGAUCCGUCAGCACUGAUGAUGGUUCUGGCUUUAGGGUCCAGCACCUGCCCAGAGGAAUGAAGCGUAACUUGUCUUUCCAGCCGGUGAAUGGUCAGAGUGUCGGCAUUGAGGAGGAGGGCUGCCCUGACAGUCUGGCUGGUAUGGAGCCCGGCAGGCGAGCGUUCCCCAACGGGCAUGGAAGUGUUAUGGCGACAACUCCAUCCAUUGAGGAAGCCCUCCAGAUUAUCCACAGCCCAACCCGGCCCCUGGUGGAGGGCAUCAACAACGGUUUCUUUCUACACAGUCAAGACCACAGGGCUGCUGUUGGUGGCUUGGAGCCAGUAUCAGAGUCAGACUCCAAAGGACCCCUGAGCACCACAGACACAACCGAGGUCGACACUGGCAUCCACAUCCGAACAGAAGACAUGCUGGAUGAGGACUCCUCUCUGAAAGACUGCUCUGUGAACAUGGACCUUGAUAUGGACACACCAAGUCCCUGUCCGAGCAAUCAGAGCAAAUCUCCCUCAGGGGUAAAGAUGACCAGCUUUGCCGAACAGAAGUUGAGAAAGCACAAUCCAUCAGCACCAGAUUCGGGGAGAUGCAGCAGCAGCUCCCUGAAGACCACUCCCGAAGGCUCUGAGUUUUGCCUCCCAUUAUCCGUCUCUUGGGCCCCAACUCCUGAGCACAGCCCCAUCCAUCAACAAACCACACCACCCCUCACUGCUAAAGCUUCGCCCACACCUGUGCAACUGCCACCCAAUGACCCCGCCCAGGUCAUGGCUACAGAAAUGGUACAGCUGAGGAUGAGACUGGAGGAGAAACGCAAAGCCAUUGAAGCACAGAAGAAGAAAGUAGAGGCUGCUUUCACAAGGCAUCGUCAAAAGAUGGGCCACUCAGCUUUCCUUAAUGUUGUAAAGCGGAAAGGAGAUGGAGCUGCCAGUGGAGAAGAAGGAGGGAAAGGUGAUGGAGAGGGUAAGGCAGCGAGUACAAGCCCCACCUUCAAGUUUGGGAGGAGUAAGGCAGACACACCUGAUGGGGCAGAGCAAAGCAGCUCAGCCUCCUGCUGGACAAAGUCUCCUGGCACAGGAGAGGAAGGUGGGCAAAGCCAUAUCCAGCCAACUGAGGUCGACCUCACCGAGUACACUCGUUCUAUAGACAAACUCAACCACUCGCUAGCCUUCCUUCAGACUGAAAUGCAGCGGCUGGCCCAGCAACAGGAGGUGAUCAUGGCCAUGAGGGAGCAGCAACAUCAGCAAGCGUGGGUCAUCCCUCCCCCGCAUACAAACCCAUCACCACAGAAACAUGGACGAGCUGUAGCUGUCACACGAUCCUCAGGACCCUCUUCUCCAGCUGACUCCCCUCGUUCCACCCACCGAUCGCCAACCAGCAUCAAACGAAAAUCGGCCUCCUUCCACUCACGUAAUCCUCGCACUGCUCGUCCUAACGAAUUGAAGCUUGCCCCCUACAGUCGGGUCCUUACUGCCCCCCAAUCGGUCGACAGCAUCCCAAGGUUACGCCGAUUUUCUCCGUGCCAGCCUUUGGCGAGUUCCCUUGUUUACAUGGGGGAGAAACCAGCAACUGCAGCCUCAACUGAAGAUAAAAACAAGGAGACAGAGUCACAUCUAUCCCCAGAGGGCGAGCUUACUAGUACAUGUAUAGCACAUACACCUCCUAGCUCCCCUAAACUGCAGAACAAAAGGAAACAAACAGACGUAGAGUCCAAGAUCAAAUCCCAGGAAACAGAAGCACCCAGUCAAUCGACUGACAUGGACACAACCAGUCAGAAAGUUACGACAGAUCUCAAACCUACCAUUGGGUCAUCAUUUCCUGAGGUUCUGGCCCACCCUGUGGUAGAAACCUUUGUGGUGACACCAACAGAGAUUCCUCCCCAGUCAGAAGCCCCGGGCCAAGUGAAGAGCAGCUUGAUUGAGGUUCCUCUGUCAGUUGUGAAGCCGCUGGAGGAUCUGACGCUUGAUGAUGAUUUGGAGACACAUCAGAAUACUGCGGAAGGCUCGGACUAUGAUCAGAAGAUGUGUCAUGGUUUCUUCUUCAAGGUAUGAUGAUUAUUUGUUGUUACACGAAGAAUUGCACAUCAUAUGAUGUAUAUGCUUUGCAGGAUGAUCCUGAAAGCCAAACUUUCAGUAUAAUACAAGCAAUAAGGCAGGAGGUCAUAAGAAACAUGUCACGAAACAAGCACAUGCAUAAACCAUGGAAACUAGAGAAUACAUCAAGGGUGCCCAACCUUUUUUUCCACCAGUUCGCCCAGAUCUACCAGUCCAAUUUCAGCAAUGCAAACGUGCACACAUCUACAGUUGAUAGUUUGGAUGGGGAGCCAUAGGUUUUACUGACGCAGUCUUUGCAGCCUUAUUGCCUUGGUGUCAGGCUUUGCUAAAAGUGGCUGUUGUGUUGCAAACUGACCCUUGAAACUCAGAUUUUCUAGAUUUGUAGAGUUGUCUUAGUGAGGUAAAAUGUCCUUUCGCAAAGCCUCGCUUACACUGCAGAUGAGACAGAUAAAACAAUCCUCCUCCUACCCCGAAUGUACAUAAUACUUUUUUGAAUCAGCUACUUUUGUGCUUUGAAAGUGUAGCAAACUAAUCGACUAAUGAUUGAAAGCUACCCACACCCACUGACACCCAGGCCCUGACAGGUUCAUGCUCUGUCAGGCAGCGUGCCCUGACUGUCACCCCAGCACGACAAGAAGCCAGUAGAAAAACUGUAGUGUCUUAAGGUCACUUGUUUUUUUCUGCACUGCUAUGAAACGUGACUGACAGGGGCAUCACUGAAAGAGCAUAGACAAGGAAACAAUGAAACUCUUUCAAUAAUGAAGAUUGAAAAGACGAACUGUUUUCUACUUGGACGUAGUCUUUCGAUUGUGAUCAUUUGGAUGGGCUCCAUCACAUACACACUCUUAGUCACAACCAGAUUGCGCCUGAAAAUCUGCAAUGCAUCUGAACUUAAGUCAGCCAUGUUUUCUUACGAUGAACUCCUCUCCUUCCUGAGACGAAAUCAUGAAUGGUUCAGAAAAACACGCCAUCUGGGAGCACUGUCGUCUUCCCACUGUCAAGUUGUAAGAUAGCUCUCGAGCUGUAGUCUGUGCCUCAAUGUAGGUCAUAAAACUGGGGCUGUUGUGAAUAAUUCAGGCACAUCUGUGGAAAUGUGGGGUUGAAGGAGGACUGAAUAGAUUGUGAACAAAGAUUGUGGAGGACAAGCAAAGGAUGUUCACAUCAAAUUAAAGCCUGCUGUGCCUAUACAGUAGAUUGAAUUUCUCAAUUUAGAAAUGUAGUUGUAGAAACACUUUUAUUAUAGUAAACACAUCAUGUAGAAGGCUGGACCUUUAUUAGAUAAGACUAACCCUCAACAGUCCUCUACUCACAAAGCUUUAGUGCCGUUUUAAUGUAAUCUCUCUUUAUUGCAGUGAGAUGUUGUCAAUAUCUAUACUAUUAUGGAAAUGAUGGUUUCAUGGUUUUAUUACAUCUUGAUCUGUGUCACAUCUACAGAUAAAUUCAGACUGUCUUUGUUUAUUUGUGUUGUAGGAGGACGGAAAGGCAGAGGAGAACAUGGCUCAGAAGAGAGCCGCGCUGCUGGAGAAAAGACAGAGGAGGGAGAAGGAGACCCAGCAGAGGAAGAUGCAGCUGGAGGCAGAGUUGGAGCAGAAGAAGAAGGAAGCUCGGUCUGUUGACACAUAUAGAAAACAAGUCAAUACACAUGAAAGAAAGAGUUUACACCCAUUAAAAACCCUGUAAAAUGUUAAGCAUUUGUCAAAAGUCCCUUGCUUUUAGAUUAUUUAGUUGAUGUGAACUUUUUAGAGGAUUUCUUUUCCCUGGUUUGUUAAUUUUUUUCUUUUAACAAGACAUGCGUUUACCCAAAAUAUUAAGGGAAUUGAUGCAAAAGGUUUCUAAGAAGUGUAAGAUUUAGGUUUUUUAAUUUUACUUAUGUUUUGUCCAUGCUUUUGCAGUUUAUAACCGAUGUUUCCUUGGAAAUUCUUACCAGUAUUUGUCAACGCUGACCUCUACCCUCUCUUAUGUUAUCCCUGCACAGACUGAAAGCAGAGGAGGAGCGCAUAAGGAAGGAAGAAGACAAGGCGAGGAAGGAGUUCAUCAAGCAGGAGUAUCUCCGGAGGAAACAGCUGAAACUCAUGGAGGACAUGGACACCGUCAUUAAAGCUCGACCAGUCACAGGAGCCAAGCAAAGGCGGGGGCGACCCAAGUCCAUCCAUCGUGACAGCAUGGACUCCCCGAAAACCCCAGUCAGAGCUGCCACAGGUAACCAUGGAAACCGCUCUAACUGAGAGGUCAUGAUCAAUCCAUCUGUCGAGUGUGUGUCACACUGUUGCUUUGUGCCACAAUUUACUACAUCCCCAGUGUCUCUUGAAAAAAGUCAUUUUUAUCAAACGUAGUUGUAGAAAUGUGAAAAUAUUUCUCAGAUUGGAUUUAAUGAUUUUACAUUUACAACUAUUAACUAAUUAGAAAUGAAAAAAUAAAUGACUUCAAUCAAACAUUAUAAAGUGUUGGAGCGAUGCGUUACUGCGUGUUUGUAUGUAUAUCUAUUUUUUUGCCUGUUAAAUCUUGCUGCAUUAAUGUUAUUUAUGCCUACAUUAAAGUACAUAUCCGUGUAUUUUGUGUUCAUGUCUGCAUGUCAGUGUGGAGCUCGAACACUGAGAACACAUCGCUCUGUGACUCUAUGAGAUGGCACAAACCACAGUGGACAGUCUGUGUUGUUGUUGUUUGUGGUGGUGUUUGCGUAACUGUGUUGUGCUGUACCACAUCUCAUCCAACAUUCAGGUUCACGACAGCGUGUCUUUUCAGUCUCCAGCUUGUCCCUGGCUUCCCUCACCCUGGGAGACAACGACAGUGUUCACUCUAAGAAGAGGACGCCAAGGUGAAAUAUUUACAAGUUUAUUUCUGCAUGUGUGAUUCAGACUUCUGGUGCAUAAUUAUUCGUACACAAAGACUAGAGUUAUUUUUAGCGAAGCAGAUUAAAGAGUGCAGAAAUUUGGGGUGCUGUCUUUACAUCGAAUUCUCAAAGUCUAAUAAUAAGUGUUUUGCAUUACCGGCUGAUUCACAACAUUUUCAGUGACAUUGCUACCCUAAAUGUGUUUUCUCAUGCUUGAUAGAAAACUAAAUUUCAGAGCAACUUUGACUUUUUUAAAUAUCUAGCUUAUGUAUGUCUCAGAAAAAUGUAUUUCUCACAGCUUUCAAAGCCAGACUUCUCAGGCUAACUUUUUCAAACAUUGCUGUUUUCUUGACUAUCUUUCCUCCUGUAACGACUGUUUUUCCUGCUGUUUCACACAUACCAGAAGUGCUAGUUUAGCCUCUGGCGGUCUCUUCUACUUUCUGAGCUCUCCUAAACUAAGAAGGAGAAGGUUAGUCGCCGCUUGGCAGUUAAACCUUGAGGCACUUCAAACCGUAUUCUGAGCACAAUCCUGCAAAAAAAACUCUGUCUGCAUGCCUGGUUUUUAGCAGGGAUUGAUAAAAGUAAAUCCAAAAAGAAUAGCAACAUAAGCUUCACUUUAAGUAGCAUUUUCACCAAAAAACAAUUACUUAUCUUAUUUUACUUUAUUUUCUGCUUUGCCUCCCUCACCAAUCUACACUCCAGCUCUGGCUUUUUCACAUCUGACAGAAAAUCGAACUGAAUUGUUGAGUUUUGUUCAGCCUCUGCAUCAAAUACCCAUCUGAUCAAGCUAUCUAACCCUAAUGCUUUUUAAAAACAUCAGAAGUGAAAUUAAAUCCAGGGGGGAUUCGGCUUGCAAAGAAAUGUAAGAAAAAUGACUUAACAUGUGAUGUUAAUGUCUACAAAAAGCACAACAAACACAACUUAGCUGCUCUUACUACAUAGUUGUUGUGCUUGUUAAUUUGCACUUGUUGGUUCUUGCAGAGGCAGGAUACAAAGCUUUAUAAAUGUAACACUACAAAUGGAAUCAGCACUUUUCACUCAAUAUACCGUGACGGUAUAUAAUGCAUUUGCAGUCUGGAAAAAAAAGCGAGUAAUUUCCAAAUGCUGCAGUGUAAUUGACUGACCUCUUUUAUUGACCCUGAAUGCACCAGACUGCUCACAUCACUGCUCUCACUGCCUGUGCUUGCAAGCUUUGCUACUUUACCAGAAACCACAAAAGCACACCACUAAACCAAAGUGUUUGCUGCUGUUUUGUCCACAGUUGGAGAAAAAUCUCUCCUAUCAUUAUUUAGUUUGAGUAAAAUAUCAUAUUAGUCAUCAGUGUAAUGCUUUUGAUUUGUAGAUACCGACUUCUCAUCGUAUAUUAGAAUAUUUAGUAGACCGCUGCCUUUGAUUAGUGGAAUUAGCCGGCUGUGCAGGAAUGUUUCUAUUGAGAACAGUCAUCCGAUACUGUCCGUGUUUGUGUGUCUUAGGCCGGAUUCUGCUGACGGCUUCCUGUCUCCAAGUCGCUCCAGCAGCCGGAAUGGAGAAAAGGAUUGGGAAAAUGCAUCCACGACCUCCUCUGUGACAUCAAACACAGAGUACACAGGUAGAAUAACAUACACGUGCACAUCUCCUACAGCAACUAGGUGUCAUUUGUAACUACGUUUUUAGUAAACAACCUGAAAUAACAAAACAUAUGUACAAGAAAGAUAGAUAGCAUCACAAAAAAGCUUUGAAAUACCAAAAUACCUCAACAUCAAUUCGUAGAAAAGUUUAAUUUAGACCAACUUGUAUCCUGUGCAGCUGACAUUAUCAAAAAUGACAUUUUUCUGAGUCUUUUCAUGUUUUCAAGGUCAUCCUCUUAUGUAUAUCACUUCCUUCUAGGUAGAGUUUAGUGCCAUAUUAAAUGAUUCCUCUGGCAGUCCACCCACUAACUUGUGGAUAAGCUACCAGUAGAAAUCUCCAUAAAUUAUUUAUGAAAAGAGAGUAAAAAUAGGGAGGGAAGUUUUUUUCUUUGACAUAACUGGAGGAGUUGCCAUGACAACAGUCUCAUCCGAAUGUUCUUCUCUUCUGUCCUCAUUCAGGACCAAAGCUGUACAAGGAGCCCAGUGCCAAAUCCAACAAGCACAUCAUCCAGAACGCUCUGGCCCACUGCUGCCUGGCAGGGAAGGUUAAUGAGGGGCAAAAGAACAAGAUCUUGGAGGUAACAGCUUGAAGAUUUUAAGAUAGUGUUGAAUGCACAUGCAGGGAUUUGGUUGAUGAUCCCAGAAGCCUUCCUUCAACUUUAUAAAUAUAGUGUUUCUUUCUGUUUUAUUGUUUUUGCUUGUCUGAGAAAAAAAAGCAUAACCCCCCAAAAGACAAAUACUACACAUUUUCUAUCAACAGCAUGUAUUGAAGUAAUCCAGAAGCUAUUUCCCAAUAAAAGCCCCCCUUUCCCCUCAGAGCUUUUCUAUAAUAGAAAAACACUUCUUACUCGCACCUAGUGAGCUUUUCUCUCUGUUCUUCUCUGUUCUUUAAAGGAAAUGGAAAAAUCAGAGGCCAACAACUUCUUGGUUUUGUUCCGAGACGCCGGCUGUCAGUUCCGCUCCCUCUACACUUACUGCCCUGAGAUGGAGGAGAUCAACAAGCUGGCAGGCAUCGGCCCCAAGAGCAUCACACGCAAGAUGAUUGACGGCCUCUACAAGUAUAACUCGGACAAGAAGCAGUUCAGCCAGAUACCAGCCAAGACCAUGUCAGCCAGCGUGGAUGCUGUGACGAUUCACAACCAUCUCUGGCAAACCAAGAAGCCAGCGACCCCGAAAAAAGUAGUGCCUGCUCAGUCCUAA